UAACAUUUUCAUCCUAAGAGUUUAAGAGCCUUUUUAUACCUGGAUGAUUUAUCAAAGUAAAGUGGCAAAAACAACAACAUUUUAAAAAGUUCAGGUACUGGACUGAAAAUGAGCGAAAAAACAUGCAUUUGUCAAAGAACAAUCCUUGACAAUUUCAAGAAAACCUGGAGAAAUCUUCAUAAAAAGUCUUUAAAAGAUCACAAGGAGUCUUGGCUUGGCUGGAAAUAUAAAGAAACUAAAUAAUGACUCAACAGUCUAACACACACACACACUUGUCGUUUUGUGCAUUUAGUCAGACCUUUAUUAUCCACAAACUUGUGUUUUAAUUAUCAAACCACUCAGUAUUUUCUUUUACUCAUAUCUUUUGCUGAUUGGUUUGGUUUGUAUAUUUACAUAAUGAUGUUUCUUCUGUUGAUAUUAAAUCUGUCAGGUUUUCAUUUGUGGUCUAAACUCAUCGUGCCGUUUGAAACAGCAGUGAAGUGUGUUGAUGUUUGAACAUCACAAUCACAGCCAGCCUCACACUGUUAAACAUCCACACACUGUUAUUCACACCCACAGCCUGUUGUGUCAUGAGUUUGAGCUCUUAUUGGCUCAGGAGAAAGGCCUCCCUCCAGGUGCGUCAUGCUGAAAGCUACUUUCUGCGUGUCGAUCACUUUGCCUCUCAUCACCUGAGCCCUUCUGAGCCGGGUGAAGAGUGAAGAAAUGGUUGGUGAACUAUUUACCUGUGUGCUUCAGAUAUUAGCAUAAUGGGACAUUGAAUGAUUUUAUUUUUAUGGAACUGAUCCUUUUUCUUUGUUAUAGCUUAUUAAUUACACACCGACUGGUCAAGUGGGAAACACUUUUCACCAGUAACUGGAAUGUUUCUGCUCCAGUAAACCUUGCUAUAUGUUUUUUGUUUCUAAACAAUGGAGUUCUUUGGGAGAGAAAAGCAGCGAUGCCACUGGGAGCCGACCACAUGCGAGGCAUGCUUUGAAUGCUUCACGCAGAAGGUCACUUCAGCAGACUGGUUUGGGUCCAGUGGUGGUUAUCUUUUGGCUUUGCGGCUGGAAACGAGCUGUUUGCUAUGUUUUUGCUGAACGUGUGAGUGGGCUGAAAUGGGUCCCUCGGUUGUGGACACGGUGGAGGAUCUGAGGAAUAUUCAGCGGUCCUUGUGGGAACUGCACAAGCUGCUCACAGACCUGCCCGAUGACAUGCUGGAGGAUAGCAGAGACUGCUCCUCCCCGGAGCUGGAGGGCUCGCCCUGCAGCAAUAAAAACACUGGCAGCAGCCCACAGUCAAAGUGGACUCAGGAGUGGUCUGAUCACACCCAGCCAACUUCUCACACACAGACCUAUGAAGUGGACUAUGGCCAAGGCUCUCAUGAUGAGUAUCAGUAUGAGGAUGAAGCCACUCACAUUAACGGACGCCCGAAUCACCAGCUGCUCCCUCACUCCUGGACCCAGGAUCAGUUUGCACAGGAACGUUGUCCGUGCCCAAGCAUCGGCUCAGAUAAAUGUCCAGAGGUCAGCGACUCUUGCGCUGACUUUGAUGCGCAGUCGUACCCUGAGAGCUUUGAAAGCCACGUGAAAUGUAACGGAGAGGGAGGCCACAGGAGUGAACGGCCUCAUGAGGACCACAACACCAGGUCUCAUUUUCAGAAUUUAAAUUUUGGACUGGGUGAUCAUGGUGCAAACCAGCACAAAGUGAACUUUAACCCUCAGCACCGCGUCCUUCAGCCACAGAUGUUUAACGCUCCAGCUGCUCAGAUCGAUGACCAGUUUGACCAACUACAAAGAGUGUUCCUCGAUUCGACCCAGGAAACUGCUGACAAGGAGCGAGUUGCCCAGCUGCAGAUUUUAAAUAAAGCUCAAAAAAGGCAAAUUGAAGAUUUGGAACGAAAACUGGAGGAUUCCCGACGUAAUUUGAGAUACAUUAACCAUCAGUUUGCAAUUGUCAAAGAUGAAAAAGAUGGUCUCACUGUAAGUUUCAAAGAAUCGAGUCGACUGAUUGAAGAGGUGAAGGAACGAGAGGCUCAAAUGCAAAACAAGCUUAAAGCAGCGGAGCAGCAAGUACAGCUCCUCAGAGAGAGAGACCAGGAGAACAUGAAGAAACAACGAGUGGCGGACGCUGCAGUGGACAGCAUGAAGCAGCAGAUGUUGGAGCUCUGUCGCUCCGACACGCUGUCCAGGGCGCGGGAGCAGCACGACAGAGACCUCGCCGUCACCAAGGAGCAGCACAACGCCGCGCUGCUGGCCUUACAGCAGAAGCUCGACUCCACCUCCCAGGCUUUAAACGAGCAGACGGACGUUGGUCAGAAGCUGAGAGAUCAAGUGAAGCUGCUGGAAAAUCAGAGAGAAGCAGAGCAGCUGGAGAGAGCAAACGUAAUCAACUCCCUGAGCCAGCGCCUGGAGGAGAGUCAGCGUCAGUGUGCCAAGCUGCUGCAGACCAACUCUGUGCAGGAGAUGAGCCAAAUGCAGAUCAGACUACAACAAGCUCAGUCAGCCAAGGCACUGAGUGAAAACACCAACCAAGUCUUACAGGAGGAUUUAGCAGAUCUGAAGGAGCAGAUCACUCUGUAUGAAGCUGCCGUGAAGCACGGCGUCAUUUCUUUGGAGCUGAGCAACGAGCCGGAGCACCAUCUGUCUGAGUCCUGCAUGGAUCUGGGCUUGAAGACGGCUAACAGGAAGAACGGCACAUUUCACAGCACCGCUCUGGCUCACCUGCUGGACUCCAAGCUGCCCAAAGACGAGGCCUUGAGGCUCCUGCAGGCGGAGCUGCAGCGCUGCCUCGGCUGCUUGAAGGGGAAGCGACAGAAGAUCAGUCGACUGCAGGAGGAUCUCCAGCGCUGUCAGGCUCGAGUCAGUGAGCUGCAGGCCCAGUUAGACGAAGCAAAGCUCAACGCUUCAGUCAAAGAAGCGAGUCAGGUGAGACAUCUGGACAUGACCGGAGACUCUCGCAAAGAACUGCUGAGUCUGCAGGAAGACAAGCAAAACCUGCUGGAACAAGUGGAGCUGUUGGAAAAGAAGACCAAGGAGCUGCAGCAGAGUGAGGAGAAGCUGAAGUCCACCAACACCGAGCUGUGCACCAAGAUGAGGGAGAUGAUCCAGGAGCUGGACCAGGAGAAACAAGAAGCUGCAGAGCGAGCUGAGCGGAUCCAUCAGCAGUUCAGGGAUGACGUGGUGAACCGGGCCAGAGCAGAACUCCUGCAGGAGCACAGUGUUCGGGUUGAACAGCUGACUGCUCAGCACCAGCAGGAGAUGCAACAGUUAGAAACUCAGCUGGCAGAAGUCAACGAUAAGAUGUUGGCCGUGCAGGAGUGUUACAUUUCUGUUUGCAAGGAGAAGAGCUCGCUCGAGGAAACCAUUCAGAGGCGAGAGAAAGGCGAGGCUUUGCUGAAAGAGGAGAGUGAUGCAGCUGCAGAGGAGCUGAGGCGGGAACUUAGAGCAGCCUGGUCCAAAGAGACGGAGUCUGAAAUCCAGCGGCAGGUGGACUCUCAUGUGGCUUCAGCUGAGGCUAAAUGGAAAAAUGAACUGCAGAAGAGAGAGAAGACGUGGGUCCAGAAGUUGGAGGAGGCUACGAGAGAGAGAAACAGAGAGACUGCUGAGGUGACCUGUCAGACAGAUGAGUCUGAGCUCAGCACUCUGACCGUUUCUGCUGAGGAGCUGGAGUCCCGGCUCAGAGCUCAGAAACAGCAGCUGCAGCUGGACGCUGACGAAGUGCAACGGAAAGCUGUGGAGGAGGCUAGAAAACGCCUCCAGAGAGAGUUGGAGGAGAAACAUUUGGAGGACAUGGCCAAGCAGGUUGAAGGAGCUGUAACUCGGGCCUAUAACAGCUGGAUUGAGAAUCUGUCAUCAUUACCAGAAUUCCAAGCCUCACUCAAAACUGAGAAGGAGAAAUGGGAAAAGCUACAAGAAGAAAUUACAAACCAAAAAGUGUCCCAGGCCCUGAGGGAGGCAGAGGAGCAGCGGAGCAGAAACCAACAGGAGGACCAGAGUUCUGGAGCCGGGAGGGUGGAGGAGCUCCAGCAGGAGCUGGCAGCACUGAAGCUCCAUCUGGAGCAAGCGUCCAGAGAGCAGGCCGCCCUGCUGAGAGCCGAGCUGGCCGCGGCCCGAGCGGCGUGGAGCCGAGACAAACGGCAGGAGGUGUCCGUCAUCGAGCAGACCUACCAGAGCAGGCUGCAGCAGGCCGUGCAGAGAGCCAGAGAGGACGCCGAGCUCCAGAGGAAGGAGCUGCUCCUGCAGACCGAGGCCAAGCUGCAGCAGGCCGCAAGGGCGCGAGAGGAGGAGUGGGGGCGUCAGCGUGCAGAAGCAGAGCUGACUCAGCGGCGGCAGAUCAGAGACGAGUUCAUCGCAGAGCUUCAGGCCGGACUGACCGAGGUCCGAGCCCAACUCCUCGGACAAGAGACUGAAAACCAGCGCAGACCCAGCGGCUCUAUAAGUCACAUCCUCCAAACAUGCUGUGGAGACCUGGUGGACAGAGCCGUCUCUGAGGCCAGGAGGGAGUGGGACAAAACGAGUGAGGAGAAGUGGAGUCGUGUCUUAAAAGAAGCACAGGAGCAACACCUGAGCGAGCUCAACAAAAUGCAGAGCUGUUCGUGUCAGAGGAGGGACGAGCCUCGCUGCAGGAGGGAGUGCACGGAGACGUUAAGUAAACUGCAGAAGAAGAACCAGGAGCUGCAGAGGCACUUAGAGAAGGCCUGCCGUCAGCUUCAGCACAGCGUCCGAGAGCACAAAGCUGCCGUGCAGCGUCUUAAAGACGAGCACGAGAGCAGCAUACAGAAGGUGAAGGCUGAACAUCUGCAGCAGCUGCUGGAAGUGGAGAAAGCCAAAGAAUCCUCAGGAAGGUCUGAACAACAAAACCUGCAGCAAGGCCUCGAGGAGAUGAAGCAGCAGUACCUGAUGACUGUGGAAAAGAUCAGAGGAGACAUGCUGCGUUACCUUCAGGAGAGUCGAGAGCGAGCAGCAGAGAUGAUCCGCACCGAGGUGCAGAGGGAGAGGCAGGACACUGCCAGGAAGAUGCGACGCUAUUACCUGACCUGUCUGCAGGAGUUACUGGAGGACGGGAGCAGGGCCACGGGGCGAGGAGCUUUAAUUGUCCUGAACUUGUUACCUCCCUUCAGCAUCGCUCCUCGGGCUAAUCGUAUCCAUCUCUCUGUCUUCUGCAGGGCUGAAAAGAAAAUAAUGAACGCCGCGAGCAAGCUGGCAGCCAUGGCUAAAGUGUUGGAAACACCCGUCAAAAGUCAACCUCGAAAGAAUUACGGUUUACCAAGUUUGACGGCUGAGUGUACCACCUCUGGUGGGGCGCCGGGUCGGCCCGCAGGUCUCUGUAAGACUCUGUCGACACUAAAUGAAAUCCCUGAUACCAGACCAGAGGAGAGAUCCAACAGGGAAAAGACUUCUGCUGAUCCAGGACAGAAAUCAACGAUCAGGACUAAGCCUCCAGGCCCGCAGGACACUCGAGCAUCUCAGCAGGACUCGGUGGAAAAACCCAAACGGCCUGAACCGUCUCACGCAAACCCCGCCUCCUCUCAGAAAACGCCUCGGUCCCAUGUGGAGUUCGUCAGCUUGUCUGUGAGGGGUAACGGCUUGGAGUGGCGCCUGCAGGAAGGGAACCCCAACAAAGCCGACGCCUGCCUGGAGUCAGGGCUGCAGGGCAGACCUCUUCUCACCCAGGAGACCCCCGUCAGAGAGGAGAAACGGACCGACUGGAGCGUGGCUAGCUGCGACUCGGACGCAGCGUUUAGACUGUCCUACUGUGGGAGGAAAGUGGAACCGGUCAGGCCCUUUUCCAUGUCGGCCGGGUCGGCCAACGAAACGGGAGAGUUCAGCGGUCUCACGCCUGACGUUUCCAACCGAACAGUUUAUAACCAGGUUCCAGAGAAGACGAGUGGAAACAACCCUCACACCAAGAAGAGUCUGGUCCGAGAGCCCAUCCCUGGUUCUGAAUGUGAGGGCGAGCUGGGCCUCGGCCCCCGGCCGCAGUUCUCUGAGCUGAGGCAGCGGCAGCAGGACAGCGGCUUCGACAGUCCCUUCUACCAGCAGCACUGAGACACAAAGCCCAGGGAUGAAGAUGAAGGCUCAGAGGUGACUUUUCAAAUAGUUUUUAAUUGUGCCUUUAAUGUGUAUUUUCUUUUUUUUUUUUAAAGCCUGCUGUGAGUUUUCUAUGUUCAGAAAUGCUUGUUUUUUGUGCUCGAUCUGUAAAAAGAUCAGCACGUUUUGAUCCCUUAUGCAUCAGCAGCUUGUUUAUUCCAAAAAAAAGAUGUCAGAAUAAGUUCACAGCUGCUCAUUUUUGACCCUCUUUGACUUUGUGCAGAUUAAAGCAACAGAGUGGUAAAAGUUGGGUGCUAUAGAAAGAAGAGUUGUUAAUUAUUGAGCCUAAAGGUUGGUGUCUGAUGGACUUUGCUGCCUGUAGACAAUCAAACUGUGACCUUAUCUCCUGCUGCUGAUUUCAGCUCUGUAUUAACUCGUAUAUCUGGUUGGGCUAUUGAUCUUCUUAUCAGAGUCUCAAGAAAAAAGCAAGUAAGCAUCUUUCCCCCAAAAUACCACCAGUACAGUUUUAUAUUGUGUAGUUUUACUCCCAAUAAGUUAUAUUUUAUUACCAAAACUGAAGCCGAACGUUAAAACAAAAAAACUGCUCGUCCAGGUUUUUAUAGUCAAAUCUGUGUUCGUCUGAUCAGGUAGAAGUUUCUUUAAAGGCAGCGUUUGCAUUUUUAAAAGCAGCACAUGAUGCAGCGUUCUGUCAUGAGUUUAUUUUAUUUUCAGGUCUGAGUUUGUCAUUUCUGUGAAACAAAAAGCUGUUUUCUGUCCCAGUGUUUGAUGUUAAAUGUUUUAUCACUGUUUAAUAAGAUGUGCUGUGCAUAUUUGUUCAUGUUUUACUAUAUUUAUACGUAUUUGUAUAUUUUUGUUGUUCUUUUAAUAAAUCUUG